GGCCAUCUAAGGGGACUUGACAGAAAGAAACACCUUCAUCACCUUUACACUGAAUUUCUCCGACUGGACUGGAUACUGUCUCAAGGUGAAGACUGGGAGGCUGUUGAAACAGCUAUCCUUGGCAUGAGUGGAUAUUAAGAUGAGAGAAAUGAUCAGUUUUGAGCGUCCUCAUCCAUUAGCCCUGCAGUCCGGCAGGAGCCCAUCAUCGUCGUCCUCGUCGGCGGCGGACGUGCCUCCCAGAUACACCCUCCAUCAUCUCCAUCAGCACUACCACCAACAUCCGCACCGGCGGAAGGCGGCGGCCAGCAGCGCGGCCCGGAGGAUGGAGCUCCGAGGCGGAGGGGCCCAGCACGGGGCCGGCCUGGGGAGGGCAGGCCACCGCUCCAAGAAGCUGGCCAUCCUGUCGCGCUCGCUCAUCCUCUGCAACUCCAAGACGAGCGACGAGGGCUCCAGCCCGGACGAGAGGUACAGCGAGACGGCGUGGGAGGCGGACAGGGAGAGGACCUGGGGGAAGCCUGAGGAUGGAGCGCCGCACUGCCCGGAGUUCAUCCUCAUUCCAAGCACCACCAUCACAGCCAAACCCACCACCACCACCACCACCACCCAACAGGCACGUUUGCCUAUAGCACAGCACAGAGCAGAGGACAGCAAGAAGAGCAUGAGAAGGUCCUUCUCCAUAAAGGAGAGCAGUAUCUGGAGAAUGUGUGUCGCGACUGGAGAGGAGGGUCUGGGACCUCAGACGGGUGAUAACAGGCACCGCGCGCUCGACAAAGACCUCAGUGUUUGCCAGGCGCGCGCCAGCGAGGACCGACUCAGGGACCGUAGCGUUGAACCUGGGAUCAAGCUGGCCCCGUUUAAUGGGCAGAUCAUAAAUGGCCAUGCACAGACAAGGGAAGAAGCUGGGAGGGAGCUGGCGCUGACCGCUGUUCACAUAAAGAGCUCCACUGAUCAGGAUGUUCCUCCUUCGACCAACGGCAGCUUACAUCCCACGGCCUCAGCUAAUCCUGCAGACGCUCAGUCCAGCCUCAGCUAUGGAGACAAGGAGGCGGUGGGACCCAGCAACCUUAGGAUUCCCAUCGUAGAGGUCACAGAGGACAGUGGGAAGAGCUUCGAGACUGAGACCACAGACCAAACCUCGCCAGGCCAAACCGCCAGUGUGCACCCUUACUGGAUCGGAGACUUGGAUGCCAUCAUCAUGAAGACGCCGGAGCUGUAUCGGAGUCACCCUCACGCAGGGGCCGGAUUGUACGGGAACAGGAAGUCUCUUUCCCAACAGUUAGAAUUCCCACACGGAGCGUCACAGGCUGUCUCCAAGCCAUCUCGCUCCCUGAGUUCAGCACACCUUGUCCACUCCAGCAGCAGUGUCCAAGCUUUCAUCAUCUGCAACAUUGUGCUUAUGAAGGGUCAUGGCAAGGGGCUGGGCUUCAGCAUCGUUGGGGGCAGAGACAGCAUGUAUGGGCCAAUGGGCAUCUACGUCAAAACCAUUUUCCCUGGAGGAGCCGCAGCCGCAGACGGAAGACUUCAAGAAGGGGAUGAGAUUCUGGAGCUGAAUGGAGAAUCUCUGCAUGGACUGACCCAUGAGGAAGCAUUACAGAGAUUCAAACAAAUAAAGAAGGGUCUGUUGACGCUGGUGGUGCGCACCAGCCUGCGAGUGGGGGCCCUGUCCAGCAGCCAGGCUCAGGUCGCCCAGCUGUGCCGCUCGCGCUCCCUCAGCUCCAGCACGGCCAUCAGCCGGGUCAGCGCCGACAUGAGCGACUACACGCUGCCGCCCGGCAACCCUCCGCCGGCCAAGCCACGCGACCGCAUCAUGAUGGAGAUCACGCUGCAGAAGGAGGUUGGUGUGGGGCUGGGUAUCGGGCUAUGCUGUGUGCCCUCUGCCGAGGGCUGCCCAGGGAUCUACAUCCACACACUGUCCCCUGGUUCUGUGGCCCAUAUGGACAGCCGUCUCAGAUGCGGAGAUGAAAUUAUGGAAAUCAACGACACGGUGGUCUGCAACAUGACGCUGAACGACGUCUACACGGUUCUGAGCCAGUGUAACCCAGGCCCAGUUCAGGUCAUCAUCAGUCGCCACCCCGACCCAAACGUCUCUGAGCAGCAGCUGAAUGAGGCGAUUGCGCAAGCUGUGGAAAACAGCAAGCUGAAAAAAGACAAGAGCCACUGGAGCAUGGAGGGCCUAAAGUGUCAGGACCCCUGCCCCCACGGGAAGCAGAAGUGCGAGAGGUGUCCGGAGCGAAACUUCAGUCAGCUGACCGCUCGGCGGGCCCAGAAGGUCAUGACCCGCUCCUGCAGCGAGGGCGCCUACAGCCAGCGGUGCGGCCCGGCGGGCGGGACCCUGCCCCAGCAGCACACCGACCCCGUGGCUCGCGUCCACAGCAUGGACGUGUCCAUGACCACUGCUGCUGCUGUCGCCACCACCAUUCCCAGGCCGGAGGUUUUAUCCAGUAACCGACUAUCUCCCACGUACAGCGAUGAUGACUACAACGUGCCUUACAACUCUCCAGCGAACUUUGCGUGUCAGCAGCCACUUGAUGUGGUCAUUGGGAGCUCGAGGGGGUCCAAGCGCAGACCCCUGGCCCCACCUAAGAGGUACUGCAGACAGGAAGACGUGACCAGUGAGGAGACGCUGACCGACACAAGCGGGUCCAGCCGGGGCUCGCCUGUCAAGGACCAGGAUCUGCUGCCCUCGGCCGCCGGCUGUCAGGAAACCAGCGAGCACUCAGGGGGAACUAAAACAGCUCUCAGUAAUUCAUUCCGAGACACUUGUGAUGUGAUCGAGUCCUCCAACCAAGACGAGAGCCUACCAGGAGAAACAGGUACAGAGUCGCCCACCCACAUUUGCUGCCACCACCGGCGGGUGGCCCUGAGACGGCAGGCCCGUGUGGAGGCGACCCCAGACCAGCUGCAGGACCCCUGGGUCAGGCUUUCAGACAGUCCAGAGAACCAGCCCAGCCCCACCCCCGCCACCACCAUGGCCGACAACGUGGAGACAGAACUGAUGGAAAUGGCAGACACCAAUGGCGUCACCGAGCUAGAGACCACAGCCAAGCCAGAGGAGUCCCCCAGUGGUAAAAAGGGCCCCCCUGUGGCCCCAAAGCCAACGUGGUUCUGCAAAAGCCUGAAGAAGAACGGGCAGCUUCCCUCGGAACCGCUGAAACCAACAGAGAAGAAGAGCCCAAGUGUUAGCAGGACAUUCGGUGUAAAUUUGCGCUCUACUCCAUCAAACUCAUCAAUCAAACAGAGGAUCCACUCUUUUGAGACGUUCUCCGGCGCAGAGGGGCCUGAGCGGGGUAGCAGAAAAGUGGCUGCCUCAACACCAGUUUCUCCCUCUGAGAGAAGUACACGCCAGAGUCGCACCUCUGACGCAAAUAACACAGGAAGGAGCCAAACGGCUCUGAAAAACAUUGUCGAUAAAGAGGAGACACAGCCUUCUACCGUCACCCCAGAAUUUGCCUCUACCAUCACCACCGAGGUUGCUUCCGAACAGCCACCUGAGGACUCAGAGGACACAGAGGUGGCUGAGGACCUUUCAAAGGACACAGAGGCUGCUGAAGAUCUUUCAAAGGACACAGAGGCCGCUGGGGAUCUUUCAAAGAACACGGAGUCCUCUGAGGAUCUUUCGAAGGACACAGAACCAGAGGUCAGUGAAACUACACUGGAUCAGGAGCCCACCGAGGAGCCUUCCAGCAGUCCUGCAGAUGAUGCAACCACUUCCGAGGCAGCAGACCAGGAAGCAGCCUCCCCUGCAGAGUCGUCCACUCCGACUCACUGCCCCAGGAGAGCCAGCAGCUCAAAGGGCACCCUGUCUGACAAACCCUCAGCAUCCGAGGGCGAUGCAGCUCACCAGGCCAGCCUGAGGACUCAGAGCUUACCCCUUACCCCCUCCCUAUCUCCAGAGGCGACCGGGAGCAGGGGCCUGGAUGGGGAGAACCUGGGGAAGAUCCUGUCCUUCAGCAACCAGGUGUCCCAUGCCCUGAUGCGGUCCAUGCAGUCCCUGCCUCAGUCACCUUGCGUCAGGACCGGUAACCCUUGGCCUACUCAUGCUUCAUUGAUACCCGAGUCUGAAGACCAAGAGAAUACUUCCACAGACAUGGGGCCCCUAUCGCCCGCAGCUGACGGCACUGAGAAGGGAUUCUCUGUGAGCCUGGCUGAGCUCAGAGAAUGCACCAUCGGGCGGUUGGUUGAGGACGGCCCAGGUGAGACCUCAGCCUCCUCCGCCUGUGCUCAGUCCAUGAUCUCCGCCAUCCCUCAGGAGGAGUUAGACCGGAUGAUUGACGAGGUCAAGGCUCUGGACGACGACACUCUGAAACAACUGGAGGAGAUCCACGUGGUGAUCCUACACAAGGAGGAAGGAGCAGGUCUAGGCUUUAGCAUUGCUGGUGGGAUAGACCGGGAGAACAAGGCGACAAUAGUGCAUCGCGUGUUCCCGGCUGGACUGGCCGCACAGGAGGGCACCAUCGAAAAGGGCGACGAGGUGCUGUCAAUCAAUGGGCAGACGCUGAAGAACGUGACCCACUGCGACGCCACGGCGACACUGCGGCAAGCGCGAGGCCUCCAGCAGGCGGUGGUGGUGGUGUGUAAGAGCCGGGACGGCGAUGGCACCGGUGCAGCCAGCAGUAGUGCUGCUAAUGACUCCCGCAGCAGCGGCGCAGAGAACUGCUUCACGGAGGAUGAGACAGGUGAAGUUCUGACUAUGGAGAUGGAAAAGAAUGCGGGCGGAGUUGGAUUCAGUGUGGAGGGAGGAAAGGGCUCCAUCCAUGGAGACAGGCCUCUGACCGUCAGUAGGAUCUUUACAGGUGGUGCUGCCGCGCAAAGAGGGAUGCAGGUCCAGGAUGAGCUGUUGCAGAUUGCAGGCUCGAGUAUGCAAGGCCUGACGCGCUUUGAGGCCUGGAACCUCAUCAAGGGUCUGCCAGAAGGGCCCUUCACCACCGUCAUCAGGCGGAAACGAGAGGAGCAGGACGUAGCGAAGGAGACAGCAGAGUGACCACACCCAGCCAACACAUCACCGCACUCAUAGCGACUACUUACUCAUACACUCAACAAAGGCAAAUAAAAAGUCCAGAAAUCUAGAUUCAUACUUGGUCAUUCAAAAAUAUUAGAUCAGUUUGUCCAGUUAGGUCACUCAUACAGGGGAUUAUAGUGUGUGAGGAUGUUUUUUUUCACUAACUGGUAAGGGUGGCCAUAAGCACUUUAACAUAUGGUGCAUUUCAAGGUACUCUGCUAACACGGCUUUUGUACUGUUCAGGUGUCAUGUUCAGGGAUAUUUGGAAACUUGAUCAAUUUCAGGUUUACCUAUUUUUAAUUCUGAGAUUUGCACAGACUAUGUACAGCACAUUAAGAAAAAAAUAUAUAUGUAUUUAACCAUGAACUACGAAUUGCCUUGUUUAAAAAUGCCUUAAAUAUCACAUGUUAAUUAUAGAAGUCUGCCACAACUGUGAUAUGAUUUGGAUCCUGUGAAAUAGGAGGUCUUCAAAAUUAGUCUCAAUGAAGCUCACCCAUGACUCAAACAUUUCAGACCAAAGACUGAUACAUCUAACCAUGUGAUUGGUUCAACAAACAUCCUCAAGAUGCGCCUCAGACCUAUUGAUAUAAGAUAUCAAAUGUGUUAUUUUUUCUGAAAAUGUCUGAUAACCAACUCUCCCCAUGUGUGAGUGAGCUUAUGUGUUUUGCGCAGCACUGUUACUUUUCUUUUUUUGGCCCAAAUUCCAACAAAAUAGCAAAAUAAAGCUUGUUAAAUGUUUGGAUUUAUGGAUGCAAUCAAAUAAAAUGACUCAAACCUU